AUGCCUCCUCGCACUAGAAAUACCAGAAAAAAAGCUGUCGAAUUAGCUCCAACUAUGAAACGGAUGAUGGAAGUGAAGAACUCCGAAUUGAUUUUCAAUAACGAUGAGAUUCCAUAUUCUAGUGACACACUCAACAUUUUCUCUGAGUUUUACGAGGCGGUUGACAAAAUUGCGGACAACGUUACCGCUAAGUACAAGCCGAUGUUUGACGUCAAAGAAGUACUUCAGAAGUAUCUCAAGGAUAUUCCCAGAGAUUUCGUACCCAAUCUAGAAACGAAGGAAGAGAUAAAGAACGAAACGAUGGAUCUCCUUGAAACUGAAGUGGAAUCUCUUGAAGACAUGGAAAUUGGUGUUGCUUCAAAUAGAACUGAAGAUUGGCGUGGUAUCAGAAGUCAAACGUUGACAUCUUCUGAAGAUGAUCUCGACAACCCUUCGAUUUCUGACGCAAUUACUACGCAGUUAGAAGAAAUGUCAAUUGUGGAGGAUUUGGAGUUGAAUAUCCCACUUCUUACGAGCACUCCAAUCAAGACAGAGUUGUCUUUGAAGAUUGAUGACGAGCAGUUGACGACCGAUGGAAUUAAGAUCAAUUCGGAGCAAAUAAAAGAUGUGAACGAUUUGGAAACCACUGGUUCUGUUGUUGAAAUUGUGGAGAAAAAGGAGGUUGAGGAAAGUAAGCCUAGAACCCUCACAACCACAGACAAAGGACAAAAAGAAGGAAGCACAGUUCUGAAAUCUUCCAAGCUGUCUUCACCAAUUCCGAAGGCGUCAUCUACAGUAUCACCUCACCAAUAUUCCAACCGGAACAACUUACAUACGCCAAGAACCACCGACAUCCGCCUCAGAACUCCUAAGGUGGACCCAACCAAACUACACACUACAAAGAAGGAGAAUCGUGGUUCGGAUAGUCAUGAUAGCAAAAUGGCACAUGCUAAUGAACUUCGUUCGAAACUGUUGCUACUGAAAAAGGAGAAAAUUCGCGAGGACAACGAAAGAAAGGCAUCGGAAGUUUUGGAGAGGAAAAAGGCUCUGGAAGAGCAGAAAAUGAAGCAAAAGUCGUCUUCUCGACAUGGUGCAUCGUUAAAAAGAACUGAGACAUUGGCUGGAGGACAAGGCCCAAACAAGAAAACUCGUGUUCAUUUGUUUCCAAAAGAAGAUAAAGCCUCGGUGCUUGAUACCUCAGAUGUCGUUGUAUUGACACACUCUGUCAAGAAACAAGAAAUUGGAUUCACCACAAACUCGAAUAAAAUGACUUCUCAUCGUGGUGUCUGCCGGGAGAAUACAACAUCUGACUACGGUUUAGACGACUUGAACAGCGACGAAGACACUGACGAUGAGAAUAAUCCACGAAAUGAGAUUCCAAUGUGGGCAGAAUUCAGUUUUGUGAAGCGUAGUGUUCGUGAACACAUUGAGAAUCCUCCAUUCGAUCUGGAUGAGUUCUUUGGGAAAAUCGAAAAGCCGAACCUCCAGGAAAUAUUUGGCAAAAUCAUCAAAGCAAAGCUCGAGGAUCUUCUGCGCGCUGGAAUUGAGGAUCGUCAAAAUGAACAGAACACUGAAUAA